ACACCACGUUAUCGUCCUCAGAGUUUCUUACACUCAUUACAAUAAACAAAGACAAUGCAAGUUCGAAAACUCUGGUUUCUUGCUCUCUUCUUGGCUCACACCGCUUCAGCCGUCAAUCUCAGCCUCGAAACCUCAAACAUAGCCUUCCUUGGAGACGCAGAGCUCGGUCCUGCUUCAGAUGGCGUGAGUCGCUCGGGAGCUCUCUCCAUGACCCGAGACGAAAACCCUCUCUCCCACGGCCAAGGCCUUUGGGCCACUCCAGUCCCUUUCAAGCCUUCUUCAAACACAUCUUCUUCUACGCUUCCUUACCCAUUCGAGACUUCUUUCGUUUUCUCCAUCACUCCUCGCACCGAACCAGCUCCAGGCCAUGGCCUCGCCUUCAUCGUGGUCCCAGCUCUCGACAACAGCGGCGCAGGACCCGCGGGCUACCUCGGAAUCCUCAACAAAACAAACAACGGCGACCCUGAAAACCAUGUUUUCGCUGUCGAGUUCGAUGUUUAUAAGGACAAGCAACUUGGAGACAUGAAUGAUAACCACGUCGGUGUAGAUGUGAACUCUCUUACUUCUGUUGUGGCCAAGAGAGCUGGUUAUUGGGUUCAGAUAGUGAUAGGGCGAACGAAAAUGUGGAGGUUCAAGGAGGUGGAGCUGAGCAAUGGAGAGAGGUACAAGGCUUGGAUUGAGUAUAGAGACUCUAAUGUUUCAGUUACUCUCGCGCCAGAAGCUGUCACGAAACCCAAGAAGCCUUUGAUCGUUGCGCGUUUAGAUCUCUCUGAGGUUUUUCUCGAGAACAUGUACGCUGGUUUUGCCGGUGCCAUGGGCCGUGAAGCUGAGCGUCACGAUAUUUGGAGCUGGAACUUCCAGAACAGCGCCUAGAACACUUAAACUAGUGUUCUGUUCGCUUUUGAGUUUGUUUGUACUUCUUUUACUCAUAACGUGAGUUAAUAAUUAAAAAAAAAAAUUGUCGCUU